UAGGUGACACAUUUAGGACGCAAUGAAGUCAUAGUUUUCGCGAAUUUAUAGCAGGACAAAGGGUAGUGGGGUUACUACUUGUAGGACUCGACAGUUUUCAAAUGUAUUCAUUCAUAAUAUUUUUAGGGACCCUCACCUUGUGCUCUUGCAUGGAAGUGAGAAUCACGGGGAACGAUUCUUCUAGUCGACACGUACCUGAUAACGAGUCUCGCAUUGUGGGAGGAGAGGAGGCGAUUCCGCAUGAAUUUCCUUGGUUGAUAAGAAUCCAAAGAAAGACUAGUCAGAGUCUCGUCUGUGGAGGGACAAUCAUUGACAGAAACUUAAUUCUGACCGCAGCGCAUUGCAUAGGAAACGCGAAAGACGAUGCCAACAAAUAUGAAGUUCUUGGGGGUGCCCAUGACAUGAAUGCCAUGGAGGAUACAAGACAAGUAAGGAGCAUCACAAGGAUUAAUUGCCACAAGGAGUUCAAUAUAGAUACCUUCCAGAAUGAUAUUUGUAUCCUUGUACUGGCAUCCGACCUGACUUGGACCAGGUCGGUGGGCCCGAUCAAACUUGCGAAUACGUCUUCCGUGAUACCAAACUCGGGAACGACUGCUGGCUUUGGCGUGACCGUCGAGGGAAGCUCUGCCACAUCCAAUCUGUUACAAAAGGUAACAGUUCCAAUCGUUUCUAAUGAGAGAUGCUUCCUUUUAUAUAAAGAACACGUGGAAAUUACGAACGAAAUGAUGUGCGCCGGAAUUUCUGGGAAAGACUCUUGCCAAGGAGACUCUGGGGGAGGGUUAAUGUGUAAAUCUCAAAAUCAAGAGACCAUUCUUUGCGGCAUUGUUUCUUUUGGAGCUGGUUGUGGUCACGAGGAUUUUCCGGGGGUCUAUAGCAGGGUCAGCUCGUAUGAAGCCUGGAUUUCUGAAAAUUCUGCAAGUUCCUUUUCUCUCGUUCCAAUAACAAUAUUGACUUUCUCAACUUUGCUCAAAGUUGUAACUUUCGACUGAAUAAUGGAUUCUGAUUGACGGUUCUCUGUUGACUUGCAAGUCGCAAGCUAAAUAUAAAUUCAUUUCAUUGUAUGACUCAUACCUACAUGUGUAAAUUGGCAGACUUAAUUGGGACUUGGCCAGAGUUAUUAAAACAUACAAUGAAGUAUAACA